CCCCUGACAUUUUUCUCUUACCGGUUCCCCAAGGUUUCAUGUGUAUAUGUCAUCAGGACCAAACUUUUAGUUUCUGUUUACAUAACGUUUUAAACUUGUAACGUUUUUGGGCUUAGUUAACCUUACUUAGGAGCUGUUUUGUAGUUAUAAUAAUAUUUAGUUCUAUUUUGCAAAUUUAUUAGAGUUGGGUUGCCGAACUGCAAAUUUAAGCUUCGUUUCUAAAACCCUAAAUCUCUCUCUCUCUCUCUCUCUCUCUCUCUCUCUCUCUCUCUCUGGAUUCUGUCUGCUUCAAUGGCGUCUUUUGAGCGUUUCGACGACAUGUGCGACCUGAGACUGAAGCCCAAGAUUCUCAGAAACCUUCUCUCCGAGUACGUUCCGAACGAGAAGCAGCCUCUCGUCGACUUUCAAUCACUCGCCAAGGUCGUAUCGACCAUCGCCACCCACAAGCUGUUAUCCGAGUCUCCGUCGUCUUCAGCUGACCAGAAGAAGCUUCAAGCCAAGCCUUCCAAAUCAGCCGUUGAUGAUUGGGUCGAGAGGUUGUUGGCUCUGGUUUCUUCAGACAUGCCAGAUAAAUGCUGGGUGGGUGUCGUUUUGAUUGGAGUAACUUGCCGAGAGUGCAGCUCUGAUCGUUUCUUUAGCUCAUACUCUGUUUGGUUCAACUGUUUACUAUCGCAUAUCAAGAAUCCAGAAAGUUCUAGAAUUGUUCUAGUGGCUUCAUGUACUUCAGUCUCUGAUCUCCUUACCAGGCUGUCUAGAUUCACUAAUACAAAGAAAGAAGCAGUUUCACACGCUUCGAAAGUAGUCUUGCCGAUUAUUAAACUAUUGGAGGAAGAAUCUUCAGAAGCACUAUGGGAAAGCAUUGUCCAUCUGCUAAGUACAAUUGUUAUCUUGUUUCCUGCUGCCUUCCACAAUAGUUAUGACAAGGUUGAAGCCAUUAUUGCCUCCAAAAUAUUUUCUGCGAAAACCAGUUCUAAUAUGUUAAAGAAAUUUGCUCACUUUCUAGCAUUACUCCCAAAAGCUAAUAAAGGCGAUGCAGGCAGCUGGUCCUUGAUGAUGCAGAAGCUGUUGAUAGCUAUAAACGUGCAUUUAAAUAAUUUUUUCCAAGGUUUAGAAGAUGAAACAGUAGGGAAAAAAGCGAUCCAACGAUUGGCUCCUCCUGGAAAAGACUCUCCUUUGCCUUUGGGAGGUCAAGAUGGGGCUUUGGAUGAUGCAUCGUGGAACUCUGAGCAGUUGAUUGUUUCCAGAGUUUCUGCACUUAUGUUCUGCAGCUCAACAAUGCUAACUAGCUCUUACAAAUCCAAGCUUAAUGUUCCAGUUGCCUCAUUAUUAUCCCUAGUAGAGCGAGUGCUGGCGGUGAACGGCUCUCUACCACGAUCCAUGUCACCUUUCAUGACAGGGAUCCAACAAGAAUUGGUUUGUGCAGAGCUUCCUACUUUGCAUUCUUCGGCUCUUGAACUCUUGCGCGCUACUAUUAAGUGCAUACGCAGCCAACUUUUACCAUAUGCUGCAUCUGUGGUGAGAGUUGUUAGUAGUUACUUCAAGAAAUGUUCAUUGCCGGAACUGAGGAUAAAGCUCUACUCAAUCACUAAAACCUUGCUCAAAUCCAUGGGUGUAGGAAUGGCAAUGCAACUGGCAAAUGAAGCUGUAUCUAAUGCCUCUGUGGAUCUUGAAGGAUUUGAUGCCGUAUCUAGCAAAACCCCAUCGCUUACAAAUGCUGCUGUUCUUAAGGGUGGCAGUAAAAAAAGGAAGCAUGCAUCUAAUUCCGGAGCCGAGGCAGAGAACUCUGCUGUUGAAGUGGGCGUCCCUCACAAUCACUCGUUGAAGAUAGCAGCUCUUGAGGCACUAGAAACUCUUCUCACCAUCGGUGGUGCAUUGGGAUCUAAUGGCUGGAGAGAACGUGUUGAUAAGCUUCUAAUGACCACAGUAACAAAUGCUUGUGAAGGGAGAUGGGCCAAUGCUGAAACCUACCAUCAUUUACCCAAUAAGUCUUCAACUGAUCUGGUUGAGUUUAAGCUUGCAGCACUCCGUGCGUUUUUGGCAUCUCUCGUUUCUCCAUCACUAGUACGUCCUGCAUUUUUAGCUGAAGGACUUGAGCUGUUCCAAAGAGGUAAGUGUCAGGCGGAGAUGAAAGUUGCCGAGUUCUGUGCUCACGCUCUCAUGUCUCUUGAAGUUGUCAUUCAUCCGAGGGCACUUCCACUUGACGGUCUCCCAUCACUGAGCAGCCAAUUCCCUGGAAGCAAUUCUCUGGCUAGCCAAAAACAUAACGCACUUGGUCUGAAUAAGAUGGACCGUAUUGCUGGAGAUAGCAGUGUUCUAUCCAACUUAUGGCUGGCAAACGUGGAUGUUCCAGCUAACAGCGAGAUUCAGAGAAGCAUAGAUACGACUCUACCUCUCCCAGAGGCCAAAAGAUUGAAAGUUGGGAACGAUUUGGUUGGAUCAGAGAAUGUUCAACAAGCUGAUGUGCUUAUAAAGGUUCCUGAAUCAACUAAGGAAUCUCUAGGGCAUGUUUCAGAGAGAGAUGAUGAUAUGGUUCCCAAAGAAGUAGUGAUUGAGACUCAUGAGGGAGAGGGUUUAGAGGGUCAGGAUAGUUUGAUGGAGGAAGCAGCAGUUGGUAAGAAGCAUGAGUCCUUAGGUGAAUCUGAUGAUGAUUCUAUUCCAAGUCUUAAGGCGGAUGAUUAUCUUUCUUCUGAUUCUGAUAUUGAAUCUUAAUGCAAGUCAAAAAAAGAACUCACAAAUCUGUCUUAACAGUAUCUUUUUUGUUUCUGAAGUUGUAGUUUUAUCAUCUUGAUGUUGUUAACAUAUAUGGUUUUAACAAUUUUGAUAUUUUCAUAAAACAAAUCAAUAUUAUCUAGUAUAGUAAAUUUGAUUUA